ACAGAGCCAUGGCGCGGUCCCGCGGCGAUGCCCUCUUCUUCCUCCUCCUCCUCCUCUUCCUCUGCAGCUCCGCGGCGGCCGGACCUACGUUCCUUGUGGCAGCUCCCUGGAACAUCCGGCCUGGAGCGAACUUGACUGUUGGGGUAGCUCUGCUGCCGGACAGCCCGGCACAGGUCACCGUAAAGGGAGAAGUGAUCAGAGAUAACGAGACCAUCCUGAGCAGGGAAGUGGUCUUUGAGAAAGGUACCUUUGGGACUCUUGUUCUUCCAGCACUGCCUCUGAACAGUGCUUCUGGGAAUUAUGAGUUACUGGUGGAGGGCCGUGCUGAUGGCCGGCACAUCUUCUCUAACCGUACCAGCCUGAUGUACACGUCAAAGAGCACCUCUGUGUUCAUCCAGACUGAUAAAUCCAUGUAUAAGCCAGGACAGGAUGUGCUCUUCAGGAUUGUCACUGUCUAUCCUGAUCUCAAACCUUACCAGGUGUCUCUGAAUAUAUAUAUCCGAGACCCUCGGAAGAAAUUGAUUCAGCAGUGGUUGAUGGAGGAGGGUGAUUUGGGUGUGGUUUCCAAAAAAUUUCAGUUGUCAAUGAACCCUCCACUAGGAGACUGGUCCAUAGAGGUGGAAGUGAACGGUCAAGUUCAUUAUCAAAGAUUUAAAGUGAUGGAAUAUGUUUUACCAAAAUUUGAUGUCCUGAUAACAACACCCUUAUACUACUCUUUGAGAGAUGAAGAUGUAACUGGUGUUGUCUCUGCAAAGUACACAUAUGGAAAGCCAGUAAAGGGAACUGUAACAAUCACUUGCCUUUCUGUUUCUUACUGGACAAACAAGAGAAAUAUAACAACAACAAUGGAGAUAAAUGGAUCUGUGAAUGUAACCUGCAACAAGCUGAUGUUGCAAAACUUGAAUGCGGAGCAGUCGUGGCACCACGGCGGCAGCGAUUACACGGAGCCGAUCGAAAUGAUCGCGGUGGUGACCGAGUCACUCACAGGAAUCUCCCAAAAUUCAAGUACCAUCAUAUUUCCAAAGCAAAGUGACUAUUUUAUUGAAUUUCUGGACUACACUAGAGUUAUAAAGCCUUCUCUGAACUUCAUAGCUACUCUAAAGGUGUCACGUUCUGAUAGCAACCAGCUGACAGCUGAAGAGAGGCAGAAUCUUGUAACAAUCACUGCACAAGAGUCAGACUUGCUUUUCCAUCACUCUUCACUUUCUCACCUGGAAAAUGAGGCAACAGAGGAGAGAAAUCUGACAGUCCAUGUCCUGAACUACACAGUUCCAGAAAAUGGAGUAAUUGAUGUUGAGUUUCCAAUCCUGUCUGCUACAAAAACUCUGAGAGUUCAGGCAGAGUUCCUCAGCAGUAAGACUGACAUAGGUGUUUAUGAUGUGUUCAGCUCCCCCAGUCAGACUUAUCUGCAGGUUAAAACAAAGAGCCAGGAUAUAAAGGCUGGGAAGCCUUUUGAGCUGAGCGUUGCCAGCAACAAGCCAGUGAGAGAGUAUCACUAUCUGGUAUUAUCUAAGGAACAAAUUAUGGCUUUUGGCACAAAAUCCACAAAAACUUUCACUUUAACAGCAGAAAAUUCCUGGGCUCCUUUGAUAUCUAUACUUGUAUUCUACAUAGAUGAGCUUGGAGUGGUAGUGAAUGAUGCUCUCACUGUCCCCAUCCAGCCUGCUUUGGAUGACAAGAUUAAAAUCUCUUGGAGCAGAGAUAAGGCCAAGCCAUCUGAGAAAGUCUCCCUUAAAAUCAGUACAACAGAGCCAGGAUCAGUAAUUGGAAUCUCAGUUGUUGAUAAAAGUGCAAAGCUUCUGGGAGAAAGCAGUGACAUAACAGAAGAAUCUAUCCUCCAUGAGCUCAAUUUAUACAGCACAGUGCAAUAUUUCCCCCUGGUCAGAGGUUCUUUUGGUGUAUUUCAGAAAUGCAGCCUUUGGGUAUCAACUGAUGCAGUUCUUGAGGAGGAUAAGGAACAUUUUCUUUAUGGUGGAAUGAUACCUAUAGAAGAUGGUUUCGGUGAUGAUAUGCCUGUAUCUAAAAAUGGACCUCCUGAUUUCAGCAAUCUCUAUGUGAGGACACAUUUUCCAGAGACUUGGCUUUGGAUUGACACUAAAACGAGAUCUGGCCCAGAAACCACAGUGGAUGCCCUUGUACCUGACACCAUCACGUCCUGGGUAGCCAGUGCUUUUGUGGUCUCUGAGAGCGGCGGGCUCGGAGUGACGACUGCUCCACUGGAGCUAGAAGUUUUUCAGCCUUUUUUCAUUUUCCUGAACCUUCCAUAUUCUGUCAUCAGAGGAGAGCAGUUCAUUUUGGAAGUUAACAUCUUUAAUUAUUUGAAAGAAGAAGCUGAGGUUACUGUGAUCCUGGAUAUGAAUGAUGCUUUUGAAAUUAUUCUAACAUCCAAUGAAAUAAAUGCUACAACAAAUCAACAAUCUGUAUCUGUACCAAGUGAAGAUGGGAAAACUGUUCAAUUCCCAAUCAAGCCAAAACAACUGGGAGAGAUUCCCAUCAAAGUGACAGCAGUAUCAUCUGCUGCUUCUGAUGCUGUUAUCCAGAAAGUUAUAGUCAAGGCUGAAGGAUUGGAACAGACAUAUUCUCAGACAGUCCUUUUGGAUUUGACUGGGAAUAAACGACAAGCAGUGUCAAAAACUUUGGAAUUCACUUUUCCUUCUGAUGUUGUAAGUGACAGUGAGAGAGUGCAGGUCACUGCUGUUGGUGAUCUACUGGGGCCUUCUAUCAAUGGUUUGUCAUCAUUGAUUAAGAUGCCUUAUGGCUGUGGUGAACAGAAUAUGAUCAAUUUUGCUCCCAAUGUUUAUAUUUUGCAAUACUUGACUAAAACCAGGCAGCUGAGAGACGAUAUUAAAUCAAAAGCGAUAACAUUUAUGAGAAAAGGCUACCAAAGAGAGCUGCUUUUCCAGAGGGAUGAUGGCUCUUUUAGUGCCUUUGGAAAUGAAGAUCCCUCUGGGAGCACAUGGUUAUCAGCUUUUGUAUUGAGAUGUUUCCUUCAAGCUCGUCCAUUCAUAGAUAUUGAUGAAGAUGUGCUCAUGGAUACAGCUAAAUGGAUUGUCCGUCAUCAGAAAAUAGAUGGAGAGUUCCAGGAGCCUGGGAAGGUGUUACACAGUGAUCUUCAAGGAGGCACCAACAAUCCAAUUACUCUCACAGCUUACAUUAUGUCAUCUCUCCUAGGGUUCCCAGAUAAACAGCAUGCUUAUGCCAUCAAGACUGCUACAAACUUUCUAGAAGAUAAAUUAAAAGAAGGCAUUUCAGAUAAUUACACAUUGGCACUUGUGACAUACGCAUUGUCCUGGGCAAAAAGUCCAAGAGCAAAGGAAGCACUGAAUAUGCUGAACCAGAGAGCAGAACGCCAAGGAGAAUUUCGUUUUUGGGUAACGCCUGCUUCUGAAAUUUCUGACUCAUGGCAGCCACGGUCCAUUGAUAUUGAACUUGCAGCAUACGCUCUGCUCUCGCACUUUCAUCAAGACAGAUUAGCUGAAGGGAUCCCUAUAAUGAAAUGGUUAAGUCAUCAAAGAAAUCACCUUGGGGGAUUUUCAUCUACUCAGGACACAGUGGUGGCUCUACAAGCCUUGAGUCUGUUUGCAGCUCUCACUGUGGCAAGCAAAACAGAAAUGGAUAUAACAGUGACAGCCCCUCCUUUGGAAAUGCCAGAGACAUUCUCAAUUGAUACUCAAAACCGUUUCCUGCUUCAGACUAAGGAGAUUCCCCCUGCACAACAAAUGACAAUGACAGUGUCAGCGGAGGGAAUGGGAUUUGCUGUCUUUCAGCUGAAUGUUAUGUACAACACAAAGCACACCGACCAGAGGCUCAGAUCUGUCCAAAAUCAAGAAGCCUUUGACUUGAAUGUUGAUGUAAAAGAUGAUAAAGAUGAUACAAACCACUUGACUUUGAAUGUGUGCACAAGGUACUUUGGCUCUGGCUCCGCUUCCAGUAGUGGUAUGGUCCUCAUGGAGGUUGGCUUACUCAGUGGUUUCUCUGUGUCACCAGAUUUUGUUCCAUUAGACAGUACAGUUAAGAAGACUGAAAAGGAUAAUGGAAAAGUCAACCUAUACUUCGACUCUCUAAAUGAAACACAGGUUUGUGUGGAUAUUCCAGCUGUGAGAGACUUCAAGGUGGCAAAUAUCCAAGAUGCUUCAGUGACUGUACUGGAUUACUAUGAACCUAGAAGAAGAGCAGUGAGAAGCUAUAAUUCAGAAGUAAUGCAAAGUAUAACCUCUUGUGACUUCUGUGAAAGUGAUUGCCACCUUUGCCACAGAGAUGGUUCUGCAGCCUUGCUUCAGCACUCUUCAUUGGCCUCCUUGUUCUGUGUACUCUUUGUCCUUCAUGUAAACUUGCUGUGCAGUUGGGUGCUGUAAAAGGAAACAUAUUAUGUUUCACAUCUAAGGUUUCCAUAAAUUAUCCAAAGAAAAUUUUAGGUUCAGAUACCAGCCUGUCUUUAGUGAUUACCAUGACCAAACUCCUGCUGUGUUCAGGGAGAGCUGGGCUGGCCCAUAUGGUAAAUUUCUGGCUGUGCCAGAAAACUUCUAAAAGUGUCUGCUGGAAAAGCUUUCCAAAUGUUAGUUUCAUAUUGAAUUUAUUUUCUGAAGAAGCACAGAGUUACUGAGAAAGCGGUGUGAUAAAAAGUAAGCUUAGCUCCAUAUUCCCACUUUGUUUUUACCCCAGCUUCCAACUGUGCUUAUUUUUUAGGGAUGUUAGUUUACCAUGCUUUUCCAAAGCACUGUCUGCUUCUCCAUUAGGGUGUUGAUAAGCAAUGAUAGGAGCUUGAUAUCAGAACACAAUUUGUUCUGUUCUGAAGAUGUGACACUCAACUUUAAUACUGAAUUUCUCUGUGUGCUCUCCUGGGGAAUAAUAUGGAAAAAAAAAAAGGAGCUGGCUUCAGAGCAGA